AUGGGGCGCGACUCGGUCUUGUUUAAACACUUGACUCAAGUGGAUUUCGAGGAAAUCCGACAGAAAGGCACGCCUGCGGCAAAAGAGGUUAUUGACCGGGUAGCCGAAGCCGGUCUGGAGUACUUUCUCGGCGGUCCCCAUGUUCUAUAUAAAGAUGCGGUUAAGGAAUUUUUCAACACUGCAACUAUCUCUGACGAUAAGAUCACCGCAACUGUAUGCGGUACUGAAAUAGAGCUCACCGAGGAAUCGGUGGCAGAAAGCCUGCGCCUUCCAACUGCCGGCCAAGAUGCAACGGCGGACAUAGAGAUCAAAACAUUUGAGGCAGUUUGCCAGAUACUCUCGGCGACUAAGGAGCCGAUAAAAGUAUCAGAAGGGACAAAGGUUAACUGGGCAAAGGCAGUGUUCCACAAUUUGAUGGAUAUGGUGAAGCCGGAUUCGGUCCGGUCAUGGGGAUAUGCUGUUCCUCUCGGUAAGAUCUUCCUUCACCAUAACCUUAAAAUCGGACCCGGCGUCAUCAUCCCAUCCAGAAGCCUCAUCAGAGCCAAACAAUUCCUAGAAAUGAAGAAACCGGCCCCCGGUUCCACAGGUGGCCGAAAGAAGACAGCCGGCAAGAAAGCGGCCCCAGCGAAAGAAAAGGUCGAGAGCAAAGGAAAAGAGAAAAUAAUCUUCUCGGAACCGCCACAGCCAACGGAGGAGGAAGAGUCCGCCUCCACAUCUGAACGAACCGGAUCUGAAAAGACCGAUGAUGAAGAGCAGUCGGGCCAAAGUCCCGACAAUGCCAGUACGGGUGCAAAUCCUGAGACCACCGAAGGCGGUGAAGAAGGCGGUGAAGAAGGCGGUGCAGAAGGCAGUAAAGAAAUCAGUAACGAAGAGGAGGAGGAGGACGAAGAAGCAGAGGCCGAUAGGAUAGCGCUCAAACUCCUAAAGGGCACUGAACAGCGAGCCGAGAAGAUUGGCGAGAUAUACCUGGAAUGGCACGAGCACCGGUUCGGCAAACGGUAUAGGGACAUCCUACCGGGCUACACCGACGAGGAAUGCCUCCAAAGACUGAAGGAAGUGGAGGACGUGGUCAUGGAUCUCACGAAAUCCGAUACCAUUGAAGAGGUCCUACACCGAACCUAUCUCUUAAGACCGCGAGCACAGCUGCGGAAGCUAACCAUACGGAUCCGGAAGAUUACGGCAAGGUUCGAAGAGGUAGCAUCAGAGGACACCUUAACACCGUUAGUAUUGGAAAGGCUUGAAAAAGCGAGAGGAGAACUCAUCCAAGAAAUUGACCGGCUGGAGGCAAAGUACGGACAAAGGGAAAUACCGCACUAUACAGCUCCACAGAUCGAUAGGAGUCCAGCUCACAGUCCAACACCUCCAAGGGAGAAUCCGGCAACAGAUGACACCGAUGAAAGGACGGACGCUCCUCUCACCGGGCAGUCUCCACAAAAACAACCGGAGGUCUCCGAACCGGGUGUUACAAAAGAAUGGGUUGAGAGCCGUAUUCAAGAAUUUGAAGACUCGACGGUUACCCUAUUGGAGGAGAAAUUCCAGAGAACUGUUAGCUCGGCACUCCAGUUCGCCAACACUACAAGGCAACUUCUAAUAAGAACAGAGGACCGGUUCUCAGAAAUCGAUGAAGAUCAACAGGAAGAAGCGGUUCUGCGCAGCAAACACCUUAUGCGAACCAUAAUUUUGGAAGAUACGACCUCCGAGAUUAAAGAGAACUUUGCCCGGCUUGAAAGAGAGACCGAUGAACGACUGACAGAAGUUACUAAGGAUCUGGUCGGUAUAACACUUGAUAGGGUCUCCGAUCUUGAGAAGAAGAAUGAGGGUCUCGAGGCCGAGCUCAAGGCGCUCACCGCACAAGUUGCUGAACUACUCAAUGUCAAGAUGAAUGCGGAUGCCGGGGCUGUAGAGGCUGAUGCCCGAGCGGCUAAGAAGGUCCAGGAUGCGCUGGACGACGAAGCAAGAAAAGAGAAGGAGCCACCGCAACAUCCCGAAGAGGAGGAAGCCGAGCGAAUUCGAAGGGUAGGGGCUAAGUUCCCGGGAUUUGCAAAGACGGUAGCCGCUCAAGCUGCGAAGGAUGCUGAGCGGUUAGAAAGGGAAAGACGGAGGCUAGAAGGCUUUGCAGCCGAUAACAAAAAGAAAAAGGCGGCCUCUUCCGUUUCAGUUCCGACAAAGCGAAAGAGGGAACCUUCAAAGAAAGUUCAAAUAGCCGACCUGCUGAAUGAGGUCACUGAGACGAUCAUUGAGAGUAUACCGCAGCAGGCUACUCAAGUCGAAGAGGAGGAUGAAGAGCACCUGCAGCCCCGGUCCACAAGACAACGAGUCACCGAAUCAGCCAAUCGACCGCAACCGGUGAAGAAAAAGCGGAACAAAAAGUUUAUGACUAGCUACGACUUCUCGGACUCGGAAUAG